AAGAUCGACCAAGUAACUGAAAAACCAGACAAGUUGCACUUCGAUGUCAUCUGCGCCGAACAGUAUUUAAAUGAAAUUUGCACUUUGGACUCACAAUUUCAACAACAACAUGUGGAAGCGAGCGCCUUGGUUGAACCAUCGAACAAAGAACUAAUUCAAAAGGAUUUUGAGGCGCUGGACGCCCACGAUGAACAAGUGCGGGAAAACGUAAGCAGACUUCCGUAUUUACUAAGUGUCGCUUCGACUAAGCCACAAGCAACCAAGUCUAACAAAAGCAAAGGCAAAAAAAUCGCUCAAAGCAAAAUGGAAUCGAUUGACCGAGAACAUAAAUGAUGCGACUGCAAAGAUAAUCGAAGCCCAAACCAAACUGGACGAAAUGCAAAUUGAAUACCUCACAGACACGAGAAGUCAGCUUUCUGAAUUUGAAAAAUCUCUUGAUCAGUUCACAACAGUCAUUGACUCACUUUCUCCGGAUUUAGAAGAUGCAGACGGCGAUAAAUGGAACAAUAUAUCGUAUUACUUCGACAAGAUCAAAACAACUCAAGACACUUUAGCUCAACUGAUAACCGAACGCCGUCGCAAUCUAGCUUGUGAAAACCAGGAGCGUGAAAUUGAACGUGAACAUAAACGAGGCAAAGAAAUCAAAGUACAAAAUAGCCAGCAUUGUGAGGAAAUAAGGAUAAGGACCGUUCCGUGCCUGUGGGUUGUUCUAGUUGGUGUUGGACUUUUGAAAUCUUAA